CUAACCCGCAGGCCAGACCCGCAGCGCUCUUCUGCUCGUCUCCCGACCUCACCGGCCCCUCUCCUCGCCGGCCGCGCCCCGCCUUGAGCGGCUGCAGAAGCACGCGGCUGCGCACUAAGCGCGACCUACACACUCAGGACAGAUCGAUACAAAGGAGGGGGAAAGGAGGAGAGUUAGAGAAAGGGAUAUGGGUUGAGAGGGAAGGAACCCUAGCUAGAAUCCAAAUUUCCCCUCAAAAAAAAAUCCAAAUUUCCCCAAUUUUGCCAUGGACGGCGGCGAUUCCGGCUCCGGCUUCGUCCAUCUUCGUACCGAGGACCAUGACUAUGGCUUGGUUAGUGAAGCAUUUGCAAGAGCACACAUGGCAGCCCUAGAGAGAGACCGGCGGCAUCGAAUCCUCUUUCCAGAAGCAUCCUCCUCCGCCCGUGCAACCGGUUCUCGCCAGAAAGGGUUCCGUGUCCGGCACAGUGCUAUGUAUUCAGACCGCCCAGGGCGAUCCCGGCGGCAAGUGCAGCAGCCACCCAGCUCAUGGGUUCAGGAGGAGGAUUCCAGCAAGGCAAGCAGCAGUGAGCUUGGGCCUAAAAUUUCUGACGCGUCAAAAUUCGAGACACUGUCGCUGAAUGACUCACCUCCCGCACUUGACUCAUCCGAUCGGUCAGAGGAGCCAAGCAUAGCUGAUUUGCUCUUAAAUCAGCCUACAUUUGACAGCGUUGAUGAUUGUAUGGACUAUUUUUGUAAUAGUGACAGAGCAGCUCGAGCUGCUCGAGAUAAGGCUCUACCAUUUUCCCAGCAGCCUACACUAGACAAAUUUGAAGCUGAACAGGUGCUGGUAACACCAAAUCAAGCUCAGCCAGUUCCAGCACAAGAACAAGCAUCAGCAGUUGCAGCACAAGGGCGAUAUGAAGGUUCCAAAGCAAAAAUUGCUGAGAAUGGGAACAAAUGGAUGACCGAGGAGUUGCGGGUAGCACUUCAAAAAUACCUUCAGAAAGAAGAUGCUCUUAAGGAAUUUGACUGUGAAUUUGAAGAACUUAAACACCAGUGUUUUCAUGUGGAAAAUUAUUGCAAAAUCUUCCAUCACUUCAACUUUACUGUAAAGAUGAAGAAACACGGUUAUUAGGGCCGCAACAAGACAUUGCAAAAUCUUCCAUCACUUCAACCUAUCCAACAAGACAUAUACAAGCGCCGCAACAAGAAAGGUGACCACAAACCCUUUGUUAUGUUUCAUUGCUACAAGAAACUAGAGGGCAAUGAGAAGAUUUUGCAAUGAGUGUUGCAAUGUUCAUCAUUAUAGACCGUUGAUAUGUAUUAUUAGCUCACGUUUGGCUAUAAUACCAAGCCUCACCGCACACAUGUCUUUUAACCGUGUAUGAUGUCCAACCUGUGUCCGCAGGGGUGUCCUUAGGGUUUUUAUGUAUUGAUGAUGUUGUGUAAGCAUUGACAAAAUUAUUGUGGGAUGUCGAUUGUGGACGUGUUAACCACUAC